GUCACGUCGCUCGCGUACCGCCGGUAACGUGUGCGCGUAGUAAUACGUAAUACCUCGGAGUAACGUGUGUACUUGAGAAGGAAUGCGUACCGGUCGUUCCUCGCCUCCCGUGACGAUCGCUAGGACGUUUUUCCCGGGUGUGAUUGUGUGCCCUUUCUGGUCGCAGGGACUGUCGCAGGGAAGUCGGUCGCGCUCUCCUGUUUUAUCUCGCGUUAUCAGUUUUCAGUAUGGAGUGCCCCGAAGCGGUAGAACGAGGUCGGAAUUUUCGUCUACUCGCUGAAGAGGAGCUGUCUCAACUUUUGGACGUGCUCACGGGAUACCUGCCCGAAUCGCUCAAGUUUCAUCAGACCGUACUGACUUACAUGCGGGACAGAGUCUGGGAAUUCCAUUUUUACGUGGCGAAAGAUUGGCCCGAGGACAUAAUCUGCCUACAUUUCCCCGGAAUGACAUUAUCCCCGCACGGUCUGUUGUACGAGAGCGUCGGUGUAUUCUGCCCGAAUGAUCGACUGGAGCUGCUUCGCCUUCUCCGAGAGGAGGACGUCCUGAUAGACUGGUCGAAACCUUUGUACAUUAAUUUCGUUCACUACAACAUCGCCGAGGAGCUGACGCGUCUUUAUGAGAGCACCGGCACCGUGGAGACCAUCGUUGGCGACGUCUGCGCGUGCGAUAACGUGCAAGAGCAGGGCGAACAGCCGGAUGAAGAGUCCAAUCGUGACGUUCAGGUGUUGCCUCUCAAGGCCGAGCACGCCGAAGGGAUUCACGAGUUGUAUCCGGCGAAUGACAUGGAGUGCCACGAGCUCUUCCUCCGGCUCAUCAGGACCCUGCCAGCGGCUGGUGUUUUCGCGAAGGGCAGCUUAGCCGCUUGGAUGGUCCAGUCCUAUUACGGGGCUAUGUUCUCCAUGCAGACGAAGCCGGAGUACCGUAGGAAAGGUUACGGGACGAAGCUAGCAAGGUACCUGACGAAACGCGUAGCCGAGAGAGGCUAUUACCCGUUUGUUGUGAUACGUCCAGAGAACGAAGCCAGCCAAAGCCUGUACAAGAAGCUGGGCUUCAGACGGCUUUACCAGAUCGUACGAAUGAUCUUCACGCCUUCCACGUGGCAGGACAGCGAGAACGACGCGAGCAUACUCAGGGACAACCUGGAGAACGCCGUCAGGCAGCUGACCAUCGAGCGGAGGGUGAUAACGGCUUUUCACGACCGCGAGAUGAAGAGCGAGGAAACGAUACGAGAUCCCACGGGAGCCGCGAAGGAGGACCAGUCGAUCGUCGCUCAGCAGCCCGACAGGGCAGCGAAGGAAGAGGAGGAGGAGGAAGAGGAGGAGGAACUCCUUGAGACCAUCGAGGAGCACCCCGAGGAGAGGAUAGACGUGGAUAACAUGACGGAUGACAACACGGCGGGCGGAGGAGACGCGCCGCCAGGGGUCGCCGACUGUUGCGACUGCGGGACGGAUGCUGCGGCUGGCGACGAAUAAGUUCGAGAACGGCUUACGCGAUAAACGACGGUCCAUAAACGCGCGUUUCGCCCGCUCGAAGACGCGGCUCCUCGUCGCGCUGGCCGUCGAGCUGGUCAACUCGACGGCGAAAAAGCCGCUCUUGGAGCUGAUCGACGCAGCUCCCAAGCUGGCAGACGGCCGAGUAUUCGAGUAAUAUAGACACGGUGGUGCACGGAGGCUGUGAGGGUACAGUGCGUUCUCGGGGAUAUAAUACGGCAAAGACUCGCUGUACACCUCUUCUGGCUCGUUACGCGCAACCUUUUGACCUCUCGUCCUCGAGAACGCGAACGUCUUUGAAUAUUUCUUACGAAUAACGUGAUAAUAUUAUUCUUCACAUCUCGUCGAAGACAAAUCAGAGAGAGAGACAGGGGGGGGGGGGGG